GAAACCUCUGGUAUACAAACGAAGACGAUACUGCGAUCAACAGGACUGCGCCCACGUCGUAGACACGAUCGGAUUAAGAGCAGACGCUGUUCAAAUCGAGGAAAUAACGACAAUUUGCGGAUCGUCAACACAGUUUAUUUAACACAAACGCUGUUCACUGGAGUCUGCGUUACAAGAGUUCAAGAAAUGCAUCUAAGUCCAUUUAAAUCCAUAUAAGGACUCGGGUAUUCGUGUUUUGAUUAUUCUGAUGAGAGUGAACGCAAAUUCAUAAUUACACCGACAGAAACAUUUAAAAUUGACUAACUUUGCAUGGCUGAAGUGCAGCAAACUUUGCAAAGUUUAUCCCUUCUGCGCACUUUACCUGUCGCGAUGGCGGAGGACGACAAUGUCAUCGCAAGUGUUCCCGAAAGUGAUGUUCCAAGUAGCAGUUUUAGCGUUCUUAGCUGGGAGCAAGUGCAGCGGUUGGACAUUAUACUGACAGAGACCAUUCCUAUCCAUGGUAGGGGCAACUUCCCCACGUUGGAGGUGAAACCUCGACAAAUUGUAAAAGCUGUGAGCAGUCGCAUGGAGGAGAGUAAGAUACGCGUCCGAGACGUGCGUCUGAACGGGUCUGCUGCGAGCCACGUUCUUCACGAAGAUAGUGGACUUGGGUAUAAGGACCUUGAUCUCAUAUUUUGUGCUGACCUAAAAGGCGAGACGGAAUUUCAGAUAGUUAAAGACAUAGUUUUGGACUGUCUCCUGGACUUUCUUCCCCAGGGAGUAAAUAAGGAGAAAAUCACACCGUUAACCUUAAAGGAAGCCUAUGUUCAGAAGAUGGUAAAAGUUUGCAAUGACUCAGACCGCUGGAGCCUCAUCUCCCUCUCCAACAACAGAGGCAAGAAUGUGGAGCUCAAGUUUGUAGACUCGUUGCGGCGACAGUUCGAGUUCAGCGUGGACUCCUUCCAGAUCAAACUGGACUCUCUCCUCCUCUUUUAUGAAUGCUCAGAGAACCCCAUGGCCAAUGCCUUUCACCCCACCAUCAUUGGCGAGAGCAUGUAUGGAGAUUUCAGCGUGGCUCUGGAGCACCUGCGUAACAAGGUGAUCUGCACAAGAAACCCAGAGGAGAUCCGGGGUGGGGGUCUGCUGAAAUACUGCCACCUGCUGGUGAGGGGCUUCCGUGCUGCCUCUGAGUCUGAGAUGAAGUCCCUGCAGCGCUACAUGUGCUCACGCUUUUUUAUUGACUUCUCAGACAUAAACGAGCAGCAGAGGAAGCUGGAGUCCUACCUCCAGAACCACUUUGUGGGGCUGGAGGACCGCAAGUACGACUAUCUGAUGACUCUGCAUGGGGUGGUGAACGAAAGUACGGUAUGCCUGAUGGGACAUGAGAGGCGACAGACGUUAGGGCUCAUCGCCAUGCUGGCUGUGCGGGUGCUGGCGGAGCAGAAUGUCAUACCAAAUGUGGCAAAUGUCACCUGCUACUACCAGCCUGCCCCUUAUGUAACAGAUGGCAACUUCAGUAAUUACUAUAUUGCUCAGGUGCAGCCAGUGUUUGCCUGCCAGCAGCAUACCUACUCAACCUGGUUACCUUGUAACUGAGCACAUGGAGAAUUAGAGAAGGAGAGUGAGAAAGUUGCAUUCUUAUAAAGAAUCUGAACCCAAUUUGUAAUUCGUCCUGAGCAUUUCAGAAAAGCCAAAGCAAAUAGUUGAUCUACUUAAUUAAAAGCUCCAUGUUCUCUACACUGUGUUAAAGCAUAAUUGAUCAUUAAAAAGGGGAAAUGAUAAUCAGCUGCUGUGAUGUCUGCUCCAGACAGGGUUCCUGUUUUGUUGUGAAAUUGCAGUUCUUUACAGCCUUGAUAACAGAUGUCACGAAGGUUCAGUGUAGCCUCCUUUCGUCCAUAUGUGGAAUGAUAUUUAGUCUUUUUAUUUUCUUAAGCUAACUAGUUCUAGAAAACGCAAACAAAAACACCAUUAAAGACUGGGCCUAGGACUCGAUAACGCUGUUGUGAAUGUUAAAAGUCUUUACAUGGACAGAAGCCUGGCUCUGUUAUGGUGUGGUGUGGAGAGCUCCAUGCAUGCAAGUGGUCUGCAUUCAGAGGUAUAGUGCGCAAAAUAAGAGCUUAAGGAAAACAAGUCUCCAUCAAGCUCUUUCGAUCUGGCACAAGUAAGGUGAGGGGAAAACAUAUUUACAUCGCAAAAGGCAAAAAGUUAAUAUCAGAUAAAAGGUUAUGUUCUUAAAACAUGUUUACAAAACCAAAGAUUUUAUGAUUGUGUGUUUUUAUUGUCCAAAUUUGGAGAAAGUGUUGUCUAUAUUUGUAUAUUUGAAACAUUCAUUCGAAGUGCCUAAUGCCAUUGUAAUACAGUAAGGGAAUUAAGCAGACUAAUAUUUUUUGUGAAUAAGAAAAAAAACAAGUCCAUGAUCCUUAUACACAACAAAGUGACUCAAAGCUUGUGAAUGUAUAGUAUUUUUCCUGAUUUUCAAUGUGUCAUUUUGGUAAAAAUUUAAAUCCUAAGGUAGCAACAUUGCAGAAAGAAAAGAGAGAUAAUAUAGCACAUCUCAAGAUGUAUGGUGCUUUAUGUUUGAAAUACUGAAUUUUAAAAAAAGAAAAAAAAUCAAUUAGCCACAUUAUCUUUCUCUUAAUUUAUUUUUGCUUGUUAUGAGCAGAAUCCAGAGUCAAACUACAUUGACUCCCUUAAUUAAUUUGUUACUGUAUGUAGGAUAAUUAACAAGGUGGCUUUUCAAUGCUCCAUAAGGUCACGCAGUCUCGCUGUACAGCAUGAGCUUGCUGUAUAUUUUGGUUGUAGUUCAGAUCAGCUAUUACGUUCGCCUUAUAGCAGACAAGUGUACAAAAACCCUGUGUCAGGCGAGAAAAGGAAGCAAAAGCAGGGUGCGGUAGAAAGACAAAGAGCUGUCUUAUUUAACACAGAGAGGGGAGUGUGUUUUCCUGCUGCUAUAGGGGACAAUAUUUGUCAAAGCACUUCUGAUGGUGGGACACUAUUUGAUGUAACACCCUAGCAGGGAAUUCCACAGUCACUGCUGAAGCGGUGAGACUAAAACUAGCUGUGUUCAUACUUCCUCGCUUGAGCUUGCCGUUCUGUGUGUGCAGCAUUAACCCGGCAUUCAACCCGUGCAGACGGAGUUAACCUGUUCCUGAUUAACAGUGGCGAAAGGAAACAUGUCUGGACGGUAGCACAGAUAUUUAAAUUUAAGAAGGAGAAGGAGAGAAUGUGUGAAAGAGUGUGUGGGGGAGGUGAGACCAUAGAGGAGAGUAGAACUGGAGAGAUGGGUGCAACUGGUGAAGGGGUUCAUCUCCUCCUGCAAAUCGUUUUAAUGAGCACCACCUCUGUCAUAGUCUGAAAUGCGCUGGCUCUUUAUUUAAAGAAACAGAAAUGAACAAUUUUAAGAUACAUAAUCACCCAACACAGAGAAAUUUAGAGGUAACAGUGAAAUGAGUAUUGUCCCAAGAGACUGUGUUCUUCAUUCUGCUCGUUUUGCAUGUUUUUUACUGACAAGGUUUCCCCUAUAGAUGUGUGUGAUGCUGAGAGUAAAAGUGCACUAGCCUGUGUGUAGACUGUGCUGUGUGGCUACUGCUGACCGAAGCAGAAGGAGCAAACAUUCUUUUUCGUGUGCUGGUAUUUUAUUUGCUCAUCUCUGCUUUUGAGUCGAUCAGUUUGUUGUUUAUGCCCAACGUUGCUGUUUGUUUUGUAACAUUUUUGUAACACAUGUCCUGUGGGCAUCACAGUUGGAACCCCCCUACCCCCCCAUGAAGGUUGCAAAAGCUCAGUGUUGUUUUCCCUGUCCACUGGCAAAAGCAAGUAGAAUAUUAUGCUAUGUUGCAGUGUUCAACAAUUGUUUAAAAAUUCAGAGUGAGACAAACUUUCUGUAUUUUAUGAAGCUUGUUUUUAAUAAUUGUAUUACACACUCUAAUUGUCAUUCUGCUUUGAACUCUGUGGUAAAGCUGCUAAAUGUUGAUUUCUGAACUGCUUUUUUUUUUUUUGCAAAUGUUGCUGUUUCUAAAAGGUCGAAGAGUUAAAGGAUUUCUCCUCAAUAAAAAAAAAGAUUUAAAA